CCGAGUCAGUGCGUAAGUUGCCGGUGAACCAGUGUCGGGGCCGGAACCUGCCGCAGCAACAUGGAGUGAAAUUAGAAGGAACUAAACCAGUAGCUGGGAAGGUGCGUGAGCGAGUCUGCAUAGGCGGCUUGCUGUCAGGCCAAAACCAAAAAUGGCUGCAAAUAGCCUUGUGUUGCCCAUAGUACUAUGGGGCCCCAAAGCUCCUACACAUUGCAUUUCAACAUUACUGGUUAUGGAUGAUUUGGCAACCAUUGUUACAGGAUGUCAUGAUGGACAGAUUUGUCUUUGGGAUCUAACUUCAAAAUUGGAGAUCGUUCCUCGGGCCUUGCUGUUUGGCCACACAUCAUCCAUCACUUGCCUUUCUAAAGCUAAUGCCAGCAGUGAAAAGCAGUACAUCGUCAGUGCAUCUGAAAGUGGAGAAAUGUGUCUUUGGGAUGUGAAUGAUGGACGAUGCAUUGAAUUUACUAAACUGGCAUGCACUCAUACUGGCAUUCAAUUCUAUCAGUUCAGUGUUGGAACUCAACGCGAAGGAAGACUGCUAUGCUACGGACAUUAUCCAGAAAUCCUUGUAGUCGAUGCCGUUAGCCUGGAAGUCCUUUAUUCUUUGGUGUCCAAGAUUUCUCCUGAUUGGAUUAGUUCAGUGAGCAUUAUACGUUCGCUGAGAACGCAAGAGGACACGGUGAUAGCAGUUUCAAUGACUGGGAUUUUGAAGGUGUGGAUUAUUACUGCUGAAAUCAAUCGAAUGCAGGAUACCGAGCCAGUAUUUGAAGAGGAAUCCAAACCCAUUUACUGCCUGAACUGCCAAAGCAUUUCAUUUUGCACAUAUACACAGCGAUGUCUGCUGGUAGUUUGCUGCAAAUAUUGGCGGGUGUUUGAUGCUGGAGACUUUUCUCUGCUAUGCUCGGUAUCCAGCGAUAAUGACCAGUCUUGGACUGGGGGUGAAUUUGUAGAUGCUGACAAGGUUGUCGUUUGGACAGAAGAUGGGAGUAGCUUCACUUACCAGUUACCACCAAGCUGUUUACCAGCCAGUGGAUCCUUCCGCAGUAAUGUUGGCAAAGCCAUUGAGAACUCCAUUCCUCCUUUACUAUUUAAGGUGUUCGACUGGAAAGAUAAAUCCAGUAUCCAUCAUCUAGAGUCUGGGUAUUUGGGGGAGGCAGUUGUCCACGUUCCUCAUGAAUGUUACCCUGACCCUAUAAAGGCCUGGGAGCUCUACACACCGCAGCUGUUAUCAUAUGCUCGGCCUUUUGAGGCACCACUUCUCAUCUGUCCACCUGUCACACGGUUCUUUUAUGGUCGUAGAGAACCCUUCCUUAAGUUACUGAUUCAGGGAGAUUCAUCAGGGAGACUCUUAAUAUGGUGUAUUCCUGAAGCAGUAGACUUAAAUCAGAGAGGUAGCAUUCAAGAGUUGAAAGUCACCACUUCGGCAUGCUUACAAGAUACAUUUGAUCAUCUCGUUCCAAGGCCUGCUGGAAUUAUAGAUCAGCUGAGCACACUUCCUGGCAGUGAAGAGCCUUUGAAGGUGACAGCUAGUGUGUAUAUUCCCUCUCAUGGGCGUCUGGUAUGUGGACGCGAAGAUGGCAGUAUUGUUAUUGUGCCAGCCACUCAGACUGCUAUUGUCCAGCUACUGCAAGGAGAACACAUGCUGAGACGAGGCUGGCCUCCUCAUCGAACUCUUCGUGGACACCGAAGCAAAGUGACGUGCCUGUUGUAUCCACAUCAAGUCUCAACUCGAUAUGAUCAGCGCUACUUGGUAUCAGGCGGAGUAGAUUUCUCUGUAAUCAUCUGGGAUAUCAAUUCGGGUGAAAUGAAACAUAUCUUCUGUGUUCAUGGUGGAGAGAUCACCCAACUGGUGGUACCACCUGAAAAUUGCAGUUCUCGAGUUCAGUACUGUAUCUGCUCGGUUGCCAGUGAUCACUCGGUGGGUCUUCUCAGCCUUCGAGACAAGAAGUGCAUAAUGCUCGCAUCAAGGCAUUUAUUUCCUAUUCAAGUCAUCAAAUGGAGACCUUCUGAUGAUUAUCUAGUUGUUGGUUGUUCUGAUGGAUCUGUUUAUGUCUGGCAAAUGGAUACCGGUGCGUUGGACCGAUGUGUAAUGGGAAUUACUGCUGUGGAAAUAUUGAAUGCUUGUGAUGAAGCUGUUCCAGCUGCUGUAGAUACACUCAGUCACCCUGCUGUAAAUUUAAAACAGGCCAUGACUCGUCGGAGCCUUACUGCUUUGAAACACAUGGCACAUCACAAGCUACAGACACUUGCUACCAAUCUUUUGGCCUCUGAAGCUGCUGAUAAGGGAGCUUUACCAAAGUAUUCCCAUAAUGCCCUAAUGGUUCAAGCCAUGAAGACCAACCUGACAGAUCCAGAUAUCCAUAUAUUGUUCUUUGAUGUGGAAGCUCUGAUCAUCCAGUUGCUAACAGAGGAAGCAUCCAGACCCAAUCCCACGCUUAUUUCCCCAGAGAGCCUUCAGAAAGCACCAGGCAGCACAGACAAAAGCAGUUCCUUCCUGACUGGGAAGAGAGCAGCUGUCCUCUUCCAACAAGUGAAGGAAACUAUCAAAGAGAAUAUUAAGGAGCAUUUGCUGGAUGAUGAUGAAGACGAUGAUGAUGAGAUGAGGAGGCAGAAGAGGGAAGAGAGUGACUCAGAAUGCAAGGGCAGCAAAUCAAAGCCACUCACACUGUUAGAGUAUAACCUAACAAUGGACACUGCCAAGCUAUUCAUGUCCUGUCUUCAUGCUUGGGGGUUGAAUGAAGGCUUAGAUGAGAUUUGCCUCAUCCGUCUUGGCAUGUUAAAACCUCACUGUCCUGUAUCUUUUGGUUUGCUGUCAAGAGGAGGACAUAUGUCGCUGAUGCUUCCUGGCUUCAAACAGACUACUUGCAAAUCACUAGAUGGUGCUAUUGAAACAGGGAAAAAGCGAGUUCUGGGAAACAGCGCAUACAAUGUGUCCAGGGCUGUCACAACCCAACACCUGCUUUCUCUCAUUUCUUUAGCCAAUACAUUAAUGAGUAUGACCAAUGCCACCUUCAUCGGAGAGCACAUGAAAAAAUUACCACAAAGACCACAGAAACCAAGCACCCUGGAGAUGACUAAAGGGAAACCUUCCCCUCCAGUGUCUUUCACUGCUGUACAGGGACAGAUCAAACAAGGCUGGAGUCAGCUAGCAGCUAUGCAUUGUGUAAUGCUUCCUGAUCACCUCGGGCAGGACAACUUUAGACCUCCACUUUUGGAGAUGUUGGCCCGACGAUGGCAAGAUCGUUGUUUAGAGGUGAGGGAAGCUGCUCAAGCUUUACUGUUGGCAGAGCUUCGAAGAAUCGAGAAAGAAGGAAGAAAGGAAACAAUAGACACGUGGGCGCCCUACUUGCCACAGUAUGUUGACAACAUUAUGUCACCUGGUGUGACAACAGAAACCAUGCAAACUGUUAGUGCAAGUCCUGAUUUACAAGGGACAGAUGCCAAAGUUCAGGAAGAAGAAUCUGAUUUAGCUGAUGAUGACAUUACUACAGGCUGCUUGCCAGGUUUACUUGCCCAGACAAAGAAAUCAUCAUCAUCAUCAUACGAGGAGCGCCGCAAGCAGGCUACAGCUAUUGUCCUUCUUGGUGUCAUUGGAGCAGAAUUUGGUGCUGAGAUUGAACCUCCAAAGCUGCCCACUCGCACCCGGAACACCAAUCAGGUGCCAGAGGGCUUUGGACUGACCAGUGGAGGGAGCAACUAUUCCCUGGCUAGACACACUUGUGCUGCCACAUGCAAAUUAGAACUUGCAUUUGAAAAGUAUCUUUUACAUAGUACAAAGCAUGCACUUCAUAUGACAAAAAUAGAAAUUUCUGGAAAUGCUCAGCAGGCCUCCUAA